AUGGCCUCUACACUCUGGGCUGACCCAUAUGAGAGCCGGGGAGUGCAACGGGAUGCCCAGAUUUCUACAAUUCAUUUAGCAUAUCGUCUGCGCAUUCGUAGUCACAUCCGUGAGCUAUACAAACAUCCAGCCACGAAGGCAGAGUUUCAGAAGUUCCAGGACGCUUAUGAAGUACUCAUCAAAAAGAGUGAAGUAAAACACUCCAUUCAAGCCAUGAUGGGUGGCGAACUUCAACAGGUUAGGGAAUGUUGGAAUAUCUUGAUGAGACCCAGGGGACCGGCUUUAAGUGAGAAGAUGCAACGAGAUAAUAAUCCCUUUGACGGCCCGACAAUGGAGAGAUGGUCGGCAGUUUUCAGGAAUUCAACUCAUUCAGGAGAUCUCUGUCAAAGAAUCCAGCCGGGGUGGUUAAUUGGGAUAGCUUCGUGUAUGCUACUCUGCUUUGACUUGAUUUCAAUCCUUUUGACGGCGAUAAAACCAUCGCAAACUCGAAAGAGCCAUGCGAAAAAUAAGUUUUCACAGCGUGAGAUCAACCCAGAACUCCUUGGAGUGACGGUUGAAAAAGACUCCAAGCAAAUCGAUAUCGAGCUGCCCCUCAUCUUGGAAGGCCAGCAUAUCAUGGCUACUCCGGACCUUGGAUCCGAUUACAAUGUCAUGUCUGCAAGUGUAGCAGAGCAGCUCAAACUAAAUGUUAAGGACCGUUGCUUCUACAUGUUUUUGGGUAACAUUGCUCAGCUGGCGAAUGGCCACGUUCUCACAUACGACAAAACAACAUCGACUCGGUUUUCUUUUCCCACAAAAGGAGCGUUAAACCUCUCUAUUGAGUUCCACGUGGUAGAAAAUCUCGCCACUUCUGUCAUCGUCGGCAGAGCAUUUCUUACCAAGACAGGAACCCUCACAACUCACCUUGAUCGAUUGGUACGCUCUCCCCGCCCAUUUGCGACGACAUUGUCCCCUCCACGGAUUUUACACCUCAAGAAACCUCGCCGGGUCCUCCGGUGUUUUAUCAACAGUACUCCAGCUGGAGCGAAUGUAGAUACACGGGUAGACAUUAAUCUUGCCUCGCCCGAAUUUGCUGCUCGAUGUGGGCUUCGAAUUGAGCCUACCGACCAACAACACCAGUCCGUCCAGCUUGCGGAUGGAUCGAUGGCUUCCAUCAGUGGUUGUUUUUGUGCAAGAUUCAACGCUUUCGACAAACCAGCAACCAAAACUGUACGACCAGCAGCCCAUAUGCAGAUGUUUUACAUCCUCGAAGGUCUCACUUCAGACGUCCUACUCGGCCGUCAUCUCCUUCACGAGAUGUAUAACUUCGUUGAUCAAGUUGAUCAGACCAACAUAUUUUUCGACAUGAAACGUCAAGAUCUGCAUGACGACCUUAACGUUAUCGCUUGGAUUGAUGCAUGGCGUAAUACAUUGGCUUUGCAUUCAGAUGUGCACGACUAUCUUAAUGUGAAACAUUCUGCCUUCUGGUCCAGCGCCGGACCAGAAUUUCUUCAUCCAUGGAACCGAUCUCAACCGAUACUGACUUGUCUCACGGAGGCAGACACAAAAGUAGAAGAAGAGAUGCGCCAAAAACAAGAGAUCUACUUGAAGAGAAGGAAGCAGGCUGUGGAAGCCAACAAAAAAAGAGGAGAUGCUAUUGUUGGACACCCAUACAACACAAUGUCGGGCAGACUCCCACGACGCGGUAUGUUCCCACCUUAUAUACUUGAUCGCUACUCGAGAGAAUCCGAUUUCCAAAUAAUACGAAACGAACAAGAGACCUUUUGGCGUAGCCUGGGUGCGGACCAUGAUAAGGAACAGAGACGACGACAAGAAGCAGCAGCUAAGUCGAAUGAGGACAUGUCACCGUCAGAGAGGGAAGCAGCUGAAGAAGCGGAAAUCCAACUUCGAGAGAGUUAUGAACAGUCGAGACAGCAGCGUAUACAUGAUCACGAGAUUCGGAUGGCUAGGGUGAGACGGGAACCCUGGAGAUAUGCUCGUAAUAGGAUCAUUUCCAGGUAUUGA